AUGAGCACACCAAGGACCGAGGCCAGAGGUCUGGGUGUUCAAUUGAUCUUGCCCCCAAAAGUCACACCAGAUCUCGAUCUUCCAGGGUCCAAUCAACCAAUUCGUCCCUCAUCUAGUUGA